GUAUACGAGAAAUCUUGUGGACAAUGGAAAUGGAAAAUUCAACUUGAUGAUCUUGUGCUGGGGUGAAGGGCAUGGCAGCAGCAUCCAUGAUCACACUGACUCACACUGCUUUAUGAAGAUCCUCCAGGGAAAUCUAAAGGAGACUCUGUUUGAAUGGCCUGAGAAAAAAGGGAAUGGUGAAAUGUCUAAGAAAUCAGAACGAGUUUUGAGGGAAAAUCAAUGUGCCUACAUUAAUGACUCCAUUGGCCUUCACCGCGUGGAGAACAUAAGCCACACAGAGUCUGCCGUUAGCCUGCACUUGUACAGCCCGCCCUUCGACAGCUGCAACACCUUUGAUCAGAGGACUGGACACAAGCACAAAGUCAAGAUGACCUUCUACAGCCAGUUUGGAGAAAGGACUCUCUGCGCAACAGCAGUGCCGCAGGAGAACAACUGAGAAGCACCAUCACGUGUUUGCAUAAGACCUGCUGAAUGUUCAACCAGGGACAGAAGACUUGCAUGGCU